AUGGUAUGGACACCGAUUCAAGGCUCUCUACGAUCGGGAAGUGUGCAUUCAGGUUCUCGUUCUGGUGCUAGUACAAUUAGUUUAAGGUCCCGCGCUGGAACCCCAAUCCCCAGUAGAAUAGCCCUGUCCCGUAGUUCGAUUCACAGUAGUAGAGCUUCACUGCCUCAUCCGGUAGUAGCUGCCUUGGCCGGACAACAACAGGCACAGCAAUCGGUGCCAUCACCGGUGCCGAAACGACAUUUGCCCCAUCAACCAGAACACGCUCAUGAACCAGAACAGUCGCCGCAACAUCCGUUACCACUACACAAACAAUCAUCCCAAUCGUCGCUGACCUAUUCGCCCCAAAUUGGCGGCAUCACUAGCACCACCACCACACGUAGUCAAGAACAGACUUCAUCACAAGCCGAAACUCAUAUCGAGCAGUACAUCCCGGAACAAGGCCGGCUUCAUCAGGUCAGUGGUUUGGGUGCGGCUCUUGCAGUAAUGGCCCACAAGGAGCGUCAGGCUAAACAAGAAACCAGUAGAAGUUAUGUUCCCGAAAUUCUUAUCCUGGCUCCCUCGAUUGAGCGAGGCCUAGAUGAUGGAGUUCCGUACAAGUUUGUCUCCAGUGAUACGCUGGGCAGCAAAUCAACGGAAACCGUGGAGACUAUCGACAAACAGCUCGAAGAGGACGACUCCGAGGAAGAUUUCGUUAGCAAAGAACAUUCGGUUAUAGUGGAGUUUUUGCAAGCAUCCUGGUACGCAAUUCUCUCACAUACGGAUUUCAUUUGCUAUUUUUUGGUGUUUUUGAAUCAGAUUAAAUCGGCUAGUCUAUUUUCGCUACCACUUCCUCUGAUGGUAACUCUAUGGGGGACGCUAACAUUCCCUAGGCCUUCGAAAAACUUCUGGGUAACGCUGAUAGCUUAUACCCAAACGGUGGUCCUACUGAAGUGCAUCUGUCAGUUCGAAAUGCUACCGUGGAAUCAAAAUCCGAUUCCCCCGAAUCAACCCUUCAGUCCGGCACGGCUGAUCGGUAUUGAGCACAAGAAAGGUUACGCCACCUACGAUUUAGCAUUGCUUUUAGUGCUGUUCUGUCACCGAUUCAUUCUUAAAUCCCUGGGACUAUGGAAGUCCGAGUUUGUCGACGAAACAGAACUUUCCGAGGGUUUGUAUCGAUUGGACACGGCGGAUGAGAAUGUGAAGAAACUGCUGAAGGAGUCGGAAGAGAUCAACAAAGAAUUUCAGAGAUUUCAUUUCCUUACCCGGUUGGGUGCAGCAAUCAUCCAAAGGGUCAAUCUCACAAACUUUGAAUCAUUCAGGUCCAUCGAGGACAUUCCACCCAUUCCCGCAUCAAGAUCUCGCCGGUCUACCCUUUUGCACUUUCUGUCAAGACAUGUCUCGAUACUGAGGGCCCGAUCUUCUCAAUUCCAACAACUGAACCUGGACAUACCCUCAAGAUUAGAUUUUUUCUCCACCUACCGAUACCAAAAUGCCCAAAUACGGCACAUCCCAGGGCAAGAUGCAGUCGUUAUUCGGCGGGACGAUGGAACCGAGCUAAAUAUGGUUAAGGUAGAGGAAGGGGCGGAUCAAACGCCACUGCAAGACGAUACCGAGAACGGAAGUGCCUUAGUUUGUGUGACGCAUCAUUCGGAGGAUCCGGGCGAUUAUUUCCCGCAGAUCGUCAAACAUUCGUUCCAGAAGUAUGCCUCCUCGGUGAAGGCAUUCUUCGAUCAGCUGCUGGAUCGACAAUCGCGCAAGACGGCCGAUGUGUAUGGGUAUUUGUUCCUGUGCGAUUUCAUCAACUUCUUCGUGAUUCUUUUCGGAUUUUCCGCAUUCGGGACGCAAGAAGGAGACGGAGGCGUCCUGUCAUACUUCGAGGAAAAUAAAGUGCCAAUGACUUUUCUACUUAUGCUAAUAAUCCAGUUCUUCCUGAUAGUGGUCGAUCGGGCACUGUACCUGCGAAAGUACAUGAUCGGAAAGAUUUUGUUCCAAUUCUUCCUGAUCAUCGGGUUGCAUAUCUGGAUGUUCUUCGUGCUGCCCUGGACCACGGAGAGGAGCUUCAACGCCACGAAUCCACCGAUUUAUUACUAUUUGAUCAAAUGUUUCUAUCUUCUGUUUUCGGCUUAUCAGAUUCGUUGCGGCUAUCCGGCACGGAUUUUGGGGAAUUUUGUCACCAAAGGAUUUACCAUGAUCAAUUUCACCGGUUUCAAGAUAUUCAUGUCCAUUCCAUUCUUGUUUGAAUUGCGUACUUUGAUGGAUUGGAUAUGGACCGAUACAUCUAUGACGCUGUUCGAUUGGCUCAAAAUGGAAGACAUAUUUACGAACGUUUAUCAGCUGAAAUGUAUGCGGCAGCUAGAGGAAGAUCUUCCGGCCCCUCGUGGACAGAAGAAAGGUGCUCUUGUUAAAUAUUUAAUGGGUGGAGGACUGAUGUUAGGCGUGAUUUUGCUUAUUUGGUUUCCCCUGGCCCUAUUUGCAUUUAGUAACGCUGUUGGAGAACCGAAUCUACCCUACGACGUAUCGGUUUCGCUUCGAAUAGGACCUUACGAGCCGGUUUACGUAAUGUCUGCCCAAGAUAGCAACAUUCACGGACUGAACGCUGAACAGUGGGCCAAAUUUAUGGUUCCCUACGCCAAGGAUAAGAGUGCUCUAACUUUGUUGUCCAACUACGAACAAGUCGAUGUAGCGGCUGUAAAACUUGGGGCUAACUCUACAUCCAUCUGGAACAUUUCACCGCCCGAUAGGGCCCGACUAUUGAACGACCUUAACACAACGUCAACGCUAACGUGUCGUUUCCGUUACACCAUUAGUCGAAAGUCACAUUCCAAAGAAAAUCCUGGUACGGUGUCCGAGGAAAAAGCCUACGAACUUGGACCGAACGAUCCAGCCCGCCCGGUUUUGGUACAAAUGCUGUCCAGUGACACCAACAUAUCGGUCUCGUUGCCGUACAUGAUGCCAAAAUUUUUAAAAGUUAAAAACAGUGGCAACGUUAAACCGAUCCAUCAGUUGAUACCAACUGCUGAUACCGAUGAGAGCGAACGAAACUACCGGAACCUUACAUUACGGUUGUUCCAAACACACUCAAACAACACGAUUCCCCUGUUCUGGUGGGAGGUCAAGGAAAACUGCAGUGAUCCCACGUAUGCCACAUUCGCCAACAUGCCAUAUGCCGACUGUUUAUCCCACCUGGUGAUGUACAUGUUCAAUGAUAAAAUUUUUCCCAGUACCAUCAGCUCGAUUGCCGCUGGCGGAAUCAUCGGAAUCUACUCCUCUUUCAUCCUCUUGCUGUGGCGAAUGCUAAGGUCCAGCAUCUUUUCCGGAGCGAGUUCCAAGAUCAUGUUCGAGGAUCUUCCGUACGUCGAUCGGGUGCUACAGUUAUGUCUGGACAUCUAUCUGGUGCGGGAGUCGCUCGAGUUCACCCUGGAGGAGGACCUGUUCGCGAAGCUGAUAUUCCUGUACCGGUCGCCGGAAACCAUGAUCAAGUGGACCCGGCCCAAGAACGAGGAAGGGGACGACGAAACGGACACAAUGAGCUCAAGCUCCAAGUCGCGCAAAAAGAACGAUUAGUUUUCACGACGUUUUGCUGCUUGCUAGUUAUUACGCUAUUAAUGAUACUGGUGAUAUUACUUUAUAAGGCGAAAUAAUUAUUUAUUACAAACGAUCUGUGUAAAUGAAUACAUGGUUCAUUAGGAUGAAAAUUUGUUAAAGUUUGGCCUCUGCUUAGCGAUUUGGACAAAGAUAUUUUCCCUCGAUAUUGUAAAAUUUCAUAUCGCUUAAUUUAUCUUUUCUUUUCCCUCAUAAAUCUCACUUCUAGGAUACGGCUUAUGCAAAUUGAUUUGUCACACAUUACGGAAAUUUGAAUAUCAAUCAUAAUUCGAAAUGCAUUUUAACUCUAGUCGAAGAAACAAAAACAAUUGGAUAUGAAGAAAGUCGGAAAAGUUUGUAUAAUUUGUUCGAAUCAUACUUAGGAUAAAAAAAAUUUGAAGAAAUAUUUUGUGAAAAAGAUUGUUAACUUGUGAACGAGCAAGUUCAAUCAGUUGAAAAUUUAUUUUUGGAAUCAAUAAAACGUUUGAAUAAUA